AUGGCUUUCGCCGGAAUGGCUUCCGUCCCCAAUUAUGACAGCACGGCCCAGACGUCUGGUGUUCCGAUCACCUCUGCCCGCAGUCAACACCACGAGGAGGAGGAGACUGCUACCGCAAACCUGAACAACGUCGACACUGCCGCCACAUCCAUUACCGAGGUUGCAGGAAGCGACAAGGCCCCCAAGAAGUCCCAGGCCCCUUUCGACAGCGACAAGAUCUCCGCCGAGGGAGAAGAUGAGGAUUCCGAGAUGGAACGCCGCCACUCACUGGUGCAGUCGCUCGCCCGGAAGUACUCCCAUGCUACGGCCAACGGCACCGUGGCAGGAAACCCCUUCUUCGCCGACGAGUCUUCGCCCCUGAACCCGAACUCGCCCGACUUCAACGGCCGUGCUUGGGCUCGCGCCAUGGUUGACCUUGUCCAGCAAAAUGGCGCUUCCUUCCGUACCUCUGGUGUCGCUUUCCAGAACCUCAACGUCUUCGGUUUCGGCCAGGCCACCGACUACCAGAAGGAUGUCGGAAACAUCUGGUUGAGUUUGGCUGGUCUUGCGCGCAAGCUUACCGGUGGAGGUGGGCAGACAAGAAUCGAUAUUCUUCGCAACUUUGACGGCCUCGUUCGCAAGGGUGAGAUGUUGGUUGUCCUUGGUCCUCCCGGUUCUGGUUGCUCUACUUUCCUGAAGACCAUCGCCGGUGAGACUAACGGUCUCUACACCGACGACAGCUCCUACUUCAACUACCAAGGAAUGACUUCCAAGGAGAUGCACACCCAUCACCGCGGUGAGGCCAUCUACACGGCCGAAGUGGACGUCCACUUCCCUCAAUUGUCUGUUGGCGACACUUUGACAUUCGCCGCCCGCGCUCGUCAACCCCGACGGCUUCCCGAGGGUAUCAGCAGCAACGACUUCGCCCAGCAUCUCAGGGAUGUUGUCAUGGCUAUGUUUGGCAUUUCGCACACCAUCAACACCCGCGUUGGUAACGAGUACAUUCGGGGUGUGUCUGGUGGUGAGCGCAAACGUGUCACCAUCGCCGAGGCUGCACUUUCUGGCGCCCCUCUGCAAUGCUGGGACAACAGUACUCGUGGUCUGGAUUCUGCUAAUGCUAUUGAAUUCUGCAAGACCCUUCGUCUGCAAACCGAGCUCUUCGACAACACGGCCUGUGUGUCUAUUUACCAGGCACCCCAGAGCGCGUACGACCUCUUCGACAAGGUUGCCGUCUUGUAUGAGGGUCGCCAGAUCUUCUUCGGCAAGGCCACUGACGCCAGGCAAUACUUCAUUGAUCUCGGAUACGACUGCCCUGCCCGAGCUACUACCCCGGAUUUCUUGACUUCCAUGACGAGUCCCCAGGAGCGUCACGUUCGCCCCGGCUGGGAGAACAGGGCUCCUCGUACCCCUGACGAGUUUGCGACCGCCUGGAAAAACAGCGCCAACUACACCGCCCUGCAAGCUGAGAUUGAGGAGUACAAGCAGACUCACCCUCUCAACGGUCCCGACGCCGUGGCUUUCCGUGCCUCGAAGAAGGCCCAGCAGGCCAAGGGUCAGCGUGCCAAGUCCCCCUUCACUCUGUCCUACCCUCAGCAGAUCAAGCUUUGCCUGUGGCGUGGAUGGAGACGCCUGAUCGGUGAUCCCAGCAUCACACUCGGUUCGCUUAUCGGAAAUGUCAUCAUGGGUCUCAUUAUUGGAAGUGUCUUCUACAACUUGCAGCAGGACACGAAGAGUUUUUUCCAACGUGGUGCCCUCCUCUUCUUCGCUCUGCUCAUGAACGCCUUCUCAAGUGCCCUCGAAAUUCUGACUCUGUACUCUCAACGUCCGAUUGUCGAAAAGCACUCUCGUUAUGCUCUGUACCACCCUUCCGCCGAAGCUGUUGCGUCCAUGUUGUGCGACAUGCCGUAUAAGAUUAUGAACACAAUCGUCUUCAAUCUGGUCCUUUACUUCAUGACGAAUCUGCGACGCGAGCCUGGAGCAUUCUUCUUCUUCCUCCUGAUGUCCUUCUUCACCGUCCUGACAAUGUCAAUGAUCUUCCGAACCAUUGCUUCGUCAUCUCGAACACUCUCGCAAGCCAUGGUCCCCGCCGCCAUUCUGAUCCUGGAUCUCGUCAUUUUCACUGGAUUCGUUAUUCCCAUCGAUUACAUGCUGGGUUGGUGCCGAUGGCUCAACUACCUCGAUCCUCUGGCAUACUCCUUCGAAUCACUCAUCGUCAACGAGUUCCACGGCCGAAACUUCGCUUGCUCGGAAAGCCAAUUCGUCCCUAGCUCCUCCGUUCCUGGUUACGCCAACCUUCCAUCCGCCCAGCGUGUAUGCAGCGCUGUUGGGUCUGUUGCUGGUCUUGAUUACGUGAGCGGCGAUGACUAUGUUGGUUCUGGUUUCCGCUACUCAUAUGCCAACCGCUGGCGCAACUUUGGUAUCCUCAUUGCUUUCAUGCUGUUCUUCCUCAUGACCUAUAUGGUAACGGCUGAAUUGGUCUCGGAGAAGAAGUCAAAGGGAGAAGUCCUCGUAUUCCGUCGCGGAUACAAGCCCGCUGCCCUCAACGAGAAGCAUUCCGAUGACCCAGAGGAUAUCCGUGUCGGACCCGUCACCACCGCCGAUCGCGCCCGUAUCAACCCGAAGAACGAUGGUCUCAUUGAGGAGCAAAAGUCUACUUUCCACUGGAACGACGUCUGUUACGAAGUCCAGAUCAAGAACGAGACAAGACGCAUUCUUGAUCAUGUUGACGGAUGGGUAAAGCCGGGUACUUUGACUGCUCUCAUGGGUGUGUCAGGUGCUGGCAAGACUACGCUUUUGGAUUGCUUGGCUGAUCGUACCUCCAUGGGUGUCAUCACUGGUGAGAUGCUGGUUGACGGUUACCACCGUGAUGCCUCAUUCCAACGCAAGACCGGUUACGUCCAGCAGCAAGAUUUGCACCUGCAGACUACUACUGUGCGCGAGGCUCUCAACUUCUCUGCCCUGCUUCGUCAACCCGAACACGUUCCGAAGCAAGAGAAACUCGACUAUGUUGAGGAGGUCAUCAAGCUCUUGGAUAUGGAAGAGUACGCCGAUGCCGUGGUCGGUGUCCCUGGAGAAGGUCUCAAUGUCGAACAACGUAAGCGUCUGACUAUUGGCGUCGAGCUGGUUGCGAAGCCACCUCUGUUGCUCUUUGUUGAUGAGCCUACUUCCGGUCUUGACUCACAGACUUCCUGGGCUAUCCUCGAUCUCUUGGAGAAGUUGACCAAGAGUGGCCAGGCUAUCCUCUGCACUAUUCACCAGCCUUCAGCUAUGCUUUUCCAGCGUUUCGAUCGUCUCCUCUUCCUCGCCAAGGGUGGCCGUACUGUCUAUUUUGGCGACAUUGGCGAGAACUCCAAGGUCAUGACCUCUUACUUUGAGCGUAUGAGUGGCAUGACGUGCCCCCACGAUGCGAACCCGGCCGAGUGGAUGUUGGAGGUGAUUGGCGCCGCUCCCGGAUCUCACACUGAUGUCGACUGGCAUCAGGCUUGGCGCAAAUCUGAGGAAUUCCAGAGUGUCCAGAACGAGUUGCAGAGACUCAAGGAUGAGCGUGUCAUUGAGACCACGGCUGCCCACGACAAGGGUAGCUACCGCGAAUUCGCUGCUCCUUUCUUCGCCCAGCUCAAGGAGGUUACCCACCGUGUAUUCCAACAGUACUGGAGAACCCCCUCUUACAUCUACGCCAAGGCUGCGCUCUGCACUCUGGUUGCUGCAUUCAUCGGUUUCGUUUUCUUCAAGGCUCCCAACACCCAGCAGGGUCUCCAGAACCAGAUGUUUGCCAUUUUCAACUUGCUCACCGUCUUUGGCCAGCUCGUCCAGCAGACCAUGCCUCACUUUGUCAUUCAGCGGUCCUUGUACGAAGUGCGAGAACGUCCGUCCAAGGUGUAUGGCUGGAAGGUCUUCAUGCUGAGCCAGAUUAUCGUCGAACUUCCUUGGAAUACCCUCAUGGCCGCCAUUAUGUACUUCUGUUGGUACUACCCUGUCGGUCUGUACCAGAACGCGAUUCCGGCCGACCAGGUCACCGAGCGUGGUGCACUGAUGUUCCUCUACCUGCUCGUCUUCCUGCUGUUCACAUCGACCUUCACCGACUUCAUCAUCGCUGGUUUCGAGACCGCCGAGGCUGGUGGCAACAUUGCCAACUUGCUCUUUAUGCUUUGUCUCAUUUUCUGUGGUGUGCUCGCCAACCCCGACACCAUUCCCCGCUUCUGGAUUUUCAUGUAUCGGGUAUCGCCCUUCACGUACAUUGUCUCCGGCAUGUUAUCAACGGCUGUCGCCAACACAGAGGUUAUAUGUGCUGCCAACGAGUUCCUCCACUUCGAUCCUCCUUCGGGACAAAGUUGUGGAGUCUUCCUCAAGAACUACAUCGAGGCCGCCGGCGGAUACCUACGCGACGCCAACGCCACCACCGACUGCCAGUUCUGCACCAUUCAGGACACGAACGUCUUUCUGGCCAGCGUCAAGAGCGACUACAACGACCGCUGGAGGAACUUUGGCAUUGCCUGGGUCUACAUCAUCUUCAACAUCUUCGCCGCCCUGGGGUUGUACUGGUUGGCGAGAGUGCCGAAGAAGGGUGGUCUCUUUGGCAAGAAGAAGACAGAGUAA